GCCGUGAGAGGUUGUGUUGAGUCGUUUGUGUCGUGUUUCUAGUGUCCUCGGAUAUUUGCCACAAUACUUGUCCCUCAAGACAUGAAUAGAAUUUUAUCUCGUCGUGGUUUAUAGCGAACAUAUUACAAGUUUUAAAAAAAAUGUGUCGUUGAUAACUAGUGCAGUGCGAAGUGAUCGAAAAAGUACAAAAUCAACCGGAUAUCAACAAGAUGGGUUCAAAAAUCGAAUACGUGGAUUCGUCACAUUUAUACGCGACGAAUUACGUUCGAAAUUCGAAAGCUAUUGGAGUUCUUUGGGCGAUAUUCACAAUUUGCUAUGCGAUUAUCGCCGUUGUUGCGUUCGUGACUCCAGAAUGGAUUGGCGAUUUGGAGACUGAAUAUCCGAGGAAAUUUGGCUUGUGGCAAGUGUGUCGUGCUGAGGAUGCAUUGGAGGACUGUAAAGGGAGACUGGAUGACUUUAUGUCGAUAAAUGGGCUGGUGUUCAAAAUUGCGACUGUGUUAGUAGGUGUAGCGGUUGCCCUGGCUCUGUUUACAAUAUGUGCGAUGCUGUUGUUUUUCUUUUGUCAAUCGACGACCGUGUUCCACAUCUGCGGCUGGCUGCAGCUUUUGUCUGCCGUGUGCAUGGUGGCGGGCGUGGCGGUGUACCCAGCUGCGUGGAAUGAAACAUCCGUGCAGGAGACAUGCGGUCCCACUGCCGACCAGUACAAUAUUGGACGCUGUCAUAUCCGCUGGGCUUACCUUCUGGCCGUGAUCGGGUGCCUGGACGGCAUCGUGCUAGCUGCUCUAGCCUUCAUCCUCGCGACCAGACACGUGCGGCUGCAGCCAGACAGCGGAUACCCGCCGCCUUCGCUUUACAAAGGUGAGGUAAACAACGCAUACGUGACUGACGCGACAUCUGUGUCCGGUUCCCGCAAAUCACUGGCGCUGCAGCCCGUACUCAUCAUGCAUCCGCAUGCUCCCAUGGACAUGGAUACCUACUCUCAUUACUCAGGAAGGACUGCACGGUCAAAACACGGUAUUUAUGCCAACACUAUGCACAAUUAUCAGCUUUAAUUGAAGAAAAAAACAUAAUUCAAAGAAUUAGAAAGCACACGUCAUUUCUGCUGUGUUUUUAAUCGUUCCGCUACUUGCUGAUAGAUGGAGCUGUAUGGCAUUUUUUAUGAGAACUCAUGAAAUUUGAUACUUAUUCCAUUCUAAGUU